AUGACGGAGACGCCUGGCACCCCAGCGUACAUGCCCCCCGAAGUGAUGGUUGCCGACCCCCACUACAACACCAGUGUGGAUGUGUUCUCCUUUGGGGUCAUGAUGAUUCACACCUUCACAGCAGAGUGGCCACUACCAAAGGUUGGUCCCACCAGAAUCAAUCCUGCUAAUCCCAAUGGUCUGAUACCAGUGACAGAAGCUGAACGACGUGAAGAGUUUCUUCUAAUGAUCAUCCCAGACCACCCUCUGAUGGACCUCAUCAUGCGCUGUCUCAGCAACAAUCCUCAGCAAAGGCCUACAGCAGCGGAGAUAGUCAGUCGCAUGGUGGGUGUGGUACUCGAACACCCUCCAUCCUUUGAGAACAGAGUGGAUAUGCUCCAGCGAGUGAGUACCCUACUGACAGAGAAGAGGGAGCUUGAGGAGGAGGUUGUGAGGAAGGACUCGGCAAUUGAGGAGAAAGCAAAAGAGAUCGGGGAGAAAGCAAAAGAGAUCGGGGAGAAAGCAAGAGAGAUCGAGGUACUGGCGGAGGAGGUUGUGAGGAAGGACUCAGCAAUCGAGGAGAAAGCAAGAGAGAUCGAGGUACUGGCGGAGGAGGUUGUGAGGAAGGACUCGGCAAUCGAGGAGAAAGCAAGAGAGAUCGAGGUACUGGCGGAGGAGGUUGUGAGGAAGGACUCGGCAAUCCAGGAGAAAGCAGGAGAGAAUGAGGCACUGGCGGAGGAGAAAAGACGACAAGAGAAAAAAAGUGGAAGUACUGCUGAGCGUAUGCAGUUGGUGCACUCAUUGGAAACUGAUCAGUUCAAACUGGAGAUUGAAGAUCUUAAAGGUCAGCUUGAAGAUAAAGAAACAACUGAUAAUACGAAAGAUGCAUUUAUUCUUUCCAAAGAUGCUAGAAUUACCGAGAUAGAAACUAGAUGUAAGCAACUCACUGAAGAGGUGGAGCAACAUAUUGCUAACUUUAACUACAGUCAAAACGAACUUGUAUCUAAAACUACGAAAAUCGAUCAACUGGAAACAAAUCUGGAACAGGAGCAAUCAAACAAAAACUCUACUAUUGCUCACAAAGAUUCGAUCAUUGCCUCCAAGGACACUCACCUUCAGAAGAAUGCAACCACCAUUAGGAGUUUGAACGACCAGCUUACCAAAACCAGAGGCUACCUGACGAGCAAACCACACUCCCUACAGGUUCGGGUGUCCUACAGUCAGUGCUCUGGUACUCCAGUGGCAAUGUCUGGUGGAUUAGCGGUAACCAUCAAUGGCAAGGUCUACUAUGGUGGAGGAGACUGUGAUGACGAUGAUGGCAAUUACUCUGUCCACUGUUAUGAUCCGCCACAAAACGUCUGGUCAACUCUUCCCAGACUUCCUGUACGAUGGUUUGGUCUAGGAGAGGUAAACGGUGAAUUGGUAGCAGUUGGCGGUAGAGAUUCAUCCCGCUCUAAAUCCAACGUGGUACGUGUGUUUAACAAAGGAAGGAACUGGAAACGAACGAUCCCACCCAUGCCCACAGCGAGGAGUUCAUUGACAGUCGUUAGUCUCCCAACACAUCUGAUCGUAGCAGGAGGUGAAGUGGGCUAUGGUUACUACACUGAUAAUGUUGAAAUCUACAACAUCGGCACCUUCCAGUGGAGCGAGACAGACAGACUACCAUAUGCUUGUUGUUACCAAAUAGGAAUAGUCUACAUGAACAACAACACAGUGUACCUAGUUGGGGGAUAUGACGGCAAGAAUCUAAACAAGGUGUUUGCUGCUCAAAUCAACAAGCUGACCUCAGCAGACCGACAGGAUGAUGGGAGUGCCAACAAAGCCGACUCCAUCUGGAAUACAAUAUCCGACACACCGUUUUACCGGCCCUCCCCUGUAACGAUAUCUAACACCAUCUUUGCUGCUGGUGGACUGAUUACUAAUAAAGCCACUCAAAGGAUGUACGCCUACUCAUCCUCGAUGGACUCCUGGCUCUACGUUGGUGAUCUACCAUAUCCUGUAGCCUUUGCUACAACUGUGUCACUGUCAACCACGGAGUGCCUUGUGAUUGGAGGAUGGAACAAAACUAAACUAUCAACUGUGUAUAGAAUAAGUAUCACAACAACUGUUUCUUGAGUGUUUAUAUACCUAAACUUUAUAAUUUUCUG